UCCAAAACCCUAAGUCUAACCAGCACAACCAAUUUGUGAAUGAAUAGACAGAAAAGAAGAGAAAAAGAAAGGGGAGAACAGUGAAAUAGCAAAGGCUGUUCUGCACAACUCAAAGGAUUUUUUUACCCAGGUGCACUUAAUCUAAGACUAUUGGAUAUGUUCAGUUUUCAGUUUGGCUUAAUUUAUAAUUCUCAAAAUUCUUGGAGAAAAGCUUUUAAUGGCGUGACUGUGAGGUUGGCAAUAGCUGGUGAUCCACUCCAAACACCAUUAUGAAACUACACAGGAACAUUGUUGUUUCUUGCAAGAGUUUUGCUAUUUCACUCUAUCUCCUUUGAUUCUCUACUCCAUAAUUUUUGGAUUUAAAGUUUUGGAAUUGAGGCGUUAUGGAAAAUAAAGAUGCAAAAGAUCCAUUCAAAGGGGUGGAUUGGAAAGGUGUUGGCCGUGAAAUGCAGAAAAAUCCGAGUGUUCAACCAUCCUUGAAGAAACGAUUACCCAACAGAGUAAGGCAAAUUCCUGAGUUCUAUUUCCUUCCUCGAUGGCCGCUUCCCAAAGCCAUUUUAUUUUGCAGUGCAUGCAUUGUUGCUGGUGUGGCUGCUGGAAUGGUUGGUGAGGCCUGGAUUGAAAAGAAAGUUAAAGAAGAUGGCGGGGUUAUAUGGGAAUUUGAUAAAUAAACUAUUGGUCUUAGGACAUAAUGUCACAGACAUCGCUGCCUCUAUGGUUUCCUCCUUAGAAGUUCUCUUCAGCAACCCUCACUUCCCAGAAUUAUCAGUGUCAGGGAUUAAGAUGAUCCAUGGUUAGCAGCAGGAUUGAAGCGAAUGAGGUGUGAUGGUAAUACUAGGAGAGAUUUCUCUUCCAUUUCUAAUAAGUAUGGCAGCCAAAUUUAUUACUUUCUUUAAGAUUAGCAUUUCGGUGGUUCCUAACCACGCACUCGACAGUGAUUCAAUCAAUCAGUGUAUUAAGUGCCAACCCUGACGCACGAAAUUAUUGCAAUUGAUGUAAUGAAAUUUCAAUUUUUUAAAGGAAAGGAAGAAGGAGCCAUGUUAAUAAUCCUAUAAGGAUAA